UGUUUUGUUUAGUAUACUUAAUCAUGCUAGAUUCAGUAUAUAAUAAGUACGAUAUUAAUAAACCAAGUGCUUUACUCUUGUAUUAGAAAGAAAGAAGAAUAUGUAAACGCUUUUCUGAAACAAUUGAAACAUUAGUGUUUCCACCUAUUAAAACUAUUUGUUUUAAAUGGUUUAAUUGACUCGAAAGUUUAAACUUUAAAACUUCCCGUGUUUAAAUUAUUGGACAAUUGACGUGUUUCUACGCGCAUGCGUCUUUAGUACGUCGAGAAGUGAGCUGCAACUUGGUUGAGAAGCGUGUUCCUUUGACAGAACGUUGUCAGACAGUACUCGAGUCCUCACCUAGUGGCGAACUGAGUGCUCCGCGACAUUGUUCAGAUUUAACUUGAAGUUACAUAAAAAUAAAAAAAAUUAAUUGCCAAAUAGUUGCGAAGUUAGGAAAGAGGGGCAGGAUCACGGAGCCAAGAAACGUGCUAAUAAAGAUGCCUGCCAGCUCUGAGGAUACCGCUCUGUUGAGCUUGCUGGCGAUCGACAGCAUGGACGAUAUAGAGUUGAAGAGCAUCCAACUACAAUUCCCGCGACGGUUCAGUGACGGAGCCUGUCAGGAGGUGCGAGUGCACACCGACCGUGGGGAUAUCAUGGUGGCGGUGCGCGGGGAACGCACCAAGCCCGCUAUACUGACUUACCACGACAUGGGGCUCAAUUAUACCAGCUUCCAACCAUUCUUCAACUACGUGGACAUGAGAGCGUUGUUGGAGAAUUUCUGCGUUCUGCACGUAAAUGCGCCAGGCCAGGAAGAGGGGGCGCCCACGCUGCCUGACGAUUAUGUAUAUCCAACUAUGGACGAGCUCGCCAACCAGAUCAACUACGUGCUCGUGCACUUUGGCAUUAAGAGCUUCAUAGGCUUCGGCGUGGGAGUCGGUGCCAACAUCUUGGCGCGAUUCGCUCUUACCAACCCUGAUAAGGUGGAUGCUCUAACUCUAAUCAACUGUUCGUCGAGCCAGGCAGGCUGGAUUGAAUGGGCGUCUCACAAGAUGAAUUGUCGCGCGCUUCGCAGCCGCGGUAUGACACCCGCCGUGGUCGAUUACCUCAUGUGGUACCACUUCGGAAGGUGUCCUGAGGAGCGCAAUGCUGAUCUCUCAGCGAUGUACCGUUCCUACUUCCGUCGUCAUGUGAACGCCGGGAACCUCGCCAUGUUGGUGGACAGCUUCGCUCGUCGCACCGACCUGAACAUCACCCGCCACGCCGGCACCCUCCGCCCGCCAGUCCUUAAUCUGGCCGGAGCACUCUCCCCGCACCUCGAGCAAACGGUCACACUCAACAGCCGUCUACACCCAUCCAACUCCACCUGGAUGAAGAUCUCUGAUUCGGCCAUGGUGCUAGAGGAGCAGCCCGGAAAAAUCUCUGAAGCAUUCCGUCUAUUUUUGCAAGGGGAAGGAUAUGUGGCGCCGUUGUCUCCAACCAAGAUCGUGUUGUUCCGCCGGCUGUCUGACGCUCGCGUGUGCCGUCACUCGUCCGUCAUCCGCAUCACUGAGAACCCUAUCUCGGAGGCUGUGGUCUGUUAGAUCACUAUCAACAUACCCCGACACACACAAACAAAAUAAACCCAACCCCCACCCCCACCACCCCGCCACUCACGCACGCUCGCGCGCUAAUUAAGCCUUUGGUAUUGUUAUUUUAAUUCAUCCGAACAAUCAUAUCUGUUUUCUGUCAAUUAGUUUUUUGAUCAAUCUAUCGGUUGUUAUAUUCCGAAUAUCCUAGGAUUAAAUCACGCUUAGCUGUUAGUAUACGUUUUUAGGGAGCUUUAUUUAUUUUAGUUUAUAUUUAGUUCAAUUAUAAAUUCAAUAUUCUAUGAAAAUGGACACGGUUGUUUAUGAUCACAUCGAGGAGAUAGGAUACCUGAGGCUGAGGUUAUACUGUAAGUGUACAUAUCUGGAGGACAACAACUUAGGUUAGACAACAAAGGAAUGGGAACAGCGAUGAAAGAGUUUUUAUAACAAAGUAACUUUUAAGAAUAUUAUUAGGAACCACGGUUACAUAUUUGAGCAUGUAAUGUGAAAUUAAAUUUAUUAAAGACUAGGUACUACCGGGUGCUAGGUACUAGUGUCACGGUAUGAGUGAGACGGUUUUGGAUGCAUUUUUAUUUUACCCGUUUUUUAUCAGUAUUAAUAUUAUUUUUUUUAUAUAGUAUAUUUAGUUCUGCGGUUCUACACUCGCUUGGCGACGAGAGUGCAAGUUAGUGAAUUAUUUAUAGUGUAGAUGAAGACGGAUUAAAUUCUGGUAGCCGUUCCGUAGCUAUCGUAGUGUAGUACUGGCUGAGGGGCUUGGGACUCGCCGAAACACGACCUAACGAGAUCGUCACGUGUUCUCAAGCAUCCGCAAAAGCCAUCGUAGAGGAAUAAUGUAUAAUCAAUAAAUCAAAGAUUUUAGAAUCUCAAUAUAAGCAAACAGUUUUUAAUUUUAAUUAUUUGUGUGACUUUAUUAUAAAUAUUAAAAUGUGAUUUUAUAAUAGAA